AUGAGUGAAGGGGGUAUCAGACGAAGGGCGUCGUAUUCUAGUAAUAUAAAGAGUUUUUUACCUUCAGAAAUAGCGUCACAUUUGCCUUCCGCCACAAGUUCUGCACUUGAUUACCUAGAUUUACACGGUACUGUCGAUGCAGUCUGGAGCGCGGGAGAGCGUCUACAGAGGUGUUUCUUUGACGUCGAGAACAGAGUAAAAACAUUUGUUGAAUCUAAUCCAACGUCCAUUAGUAAAGAUUUACUUAAGAUGUUGACUGAUUUACGUACGAUGGACAUAGAAAAGCUCCGACUACCAUCUGUUCAGUCGCAGAUUGAAUACAUUACAGUUAAAUUAAAGUCAGUUAUGGCUUCAUCCCCUGAUCAGGUCGUAUUAGAUAAGUGGGAUGAGAUACGAAGACUAGUUGAAGAGGAAUUUCAAGAUAAAGCUCAGCUAUUUGAUAGCGUAGUAGAGCAUUCAUUUGAUUCAGCGAAAAAAUCCAUAGAAAGAGCCUUAAUUAGAGCGCAAAAUGGUGCGAAAUUGAUUAAGUUUAAUGAAUUACCGGAUGCUUGGAAGAACAACGAGCAUAUCCUUACUGGUUAUCGCUUUAUUCCGAUUGAUAAUAAGCGUGAUUUAUUCCUAUCGGCGUUUAAAUGGCACAAUGAGACGAUUAACGUUCAAACACACCUAUGGGCAGCUGUUGGCGUCACAAUGCUACUCCUUUACCACGUAGUAGCACCACACCCUGUUUGGAUAGCAGAGGAUAGUACAUGGUCAGAUAAGCUAGUGAUGGUCAGCUUCCUGUUGGCAUCUUUAAAGUGCCUUAUUUUUUCCAGUUUAUGGCAUAUCCACGCAGGCUGUGCGGACAAAAAGUAUUUCGAACAUUACGCUUGUGUAGACUAUGUAGGAAUUUCAUCCUUGAUAACGGCUAGUAUAACGGGAGUAACAUUCUAUGGAUUAUAUUGCGACAAUAUUACCAGAAAUACACUUCUCACAUUUAUAAUUUCAAACGCAUUCGUUGGAAGUUAUUUACCAUUCACGGAUUCAUUCAAUAAGAAAGAAAGUAGAGGAUUCAGAAUUGGAUUUUUUGUCUACAUGGCUAUUUGUGGCCUGGCACCAAUAUUAGCAAUGGUUUCAUAUCAUGGGCUGGACAAUACGCUGACAUUUUUGGCACCCAUCAUACCAUCACUUUUAUUCUACGUUGUUGGAUUAAUUAUCUACGCAUUCCAAAUACCUGAAUGCUUCGCUCCAGGUAGAUUUGACUUUGCAUUCGCGAGUCAUAAUGCAUGGCAUAUAGCAGUUGCUGCCGCGAUAUUCUUGCAUUAUAAGGCGAUUGUUAGUAUGUACGAAUCAAGAUAUCUCUUUGCAUGUUAA